ACUUACAGCAAAUUCCAUUAUUUUCAAAACAUUUGACAUUAGCUGAUUUUCUAAACUCAGAUGUAAAGCUAAAUGGGUGACAAUCACAAUGGGAUACUUUCAUUCAUUUUUUCUUUGCUUGUUCGUACUAAAGGUGGCAGACAAUGAGAACAGGGAAAUUGAACGUUGUCAGUUCUCUGUGACUGUUUGCUCUUUAAGCCCUUUAAAUCUGGAUAUUAAAAGACAUCUUUACGAGAACGGGAUAUGUUCUUUAUGACAACGAAAAUUAAGCUCAAGGUGCCGAAAAUUCCUUGUCUUCUUUUAAAGCAUUUUAUUCUGCUGCAAUAUCUUAGUGUUGUCACUAUUAGGAAUCUUUGUAAAUUUCUCAAUUUUUUUUCAUUAUAAUUUUGUGAACAGUCUCAGAUGUCCGGCACCCUUGCGACGUUAAACUAAACAAAACUUUCAUCCAUUGAUGUAGUAUUUGUUCUUUUGUUUUUGCACAGCCUCUUGCAAAGAAAAUGGAAAAGUGAUGUAUUGAACAAUCAAACAAUGCAAAGAGGCGAUACCAAUCACGGUGACAUAUCCGCCUUUACAACUACUGAAAGCGAUGCUACAUAUGAAAGUCAAGUCAUUAAAACUAAAGAUGGAUCAGAAGAAAAAAGUAAAAAGCUCAAGAAAGAAAGUAAACGUAUUGCCGUUAUAUCACCACUCAAAGGGGUAGGCGUAAACAGCAAUCGAGAUAGAGGACUGCAACUGACACGAGAACUUUUUCAGCUUUUUGGAGAUAGUGAAAAUACACCUAAAGGUGCUGCAGAUACUGAAAUCGACUGGAUAAAAUUAUUUAGAGAUUUAGUACCGCACCUACCAAUAGAUGACCGUUCCUGGACGUUUUUUGCGAUUGACCUAUUACAUAUAAGCCAUGAACAAUGUGGUUCACCGAAAGAUGUCAGUAAUGAGAUGAACAGAAUAAAACAGAAAAACAAACAGCUAGACCUUGCUUAUCUCGAACUGCUAAAUAACUGGUACAGUAAAAUGGGUUGUGAAGCGAGGUUAGAACAUAUUGAAAUUGCAUUAAAAAGAAUGGACAACAAGGUCAUUAUGGAAGAAUUCGAACGAAUCAAAGACAAUCCACCGACAAGAAAAAUAUUUGCUCAGAAUACGGAGACAUCAUUAAUGUCAUGGAGACAAAAUGAACAGUUUCCACUAACCCAACGUCAAUUAUUCGCUUUUGCCCAACAUGAAAGUACACAUGAAAUAGCGGAAACACACGACAUUCUUUAUCACAGAAACUUUAGUGCAGCCUCUCAAACUCAGACGUCCCAAUCUUUUCUUCCAGACCCGUCAAGACUAGCGCUGCAACAAUUGCAACAGCGCAGUAAAGAACAGUAUUACGAUAAUAAUGCAUAUCAUAAGGUUAGAUGUCGAGGCUCCAAGGUUAAAAAGAAAAAUUCUCGAAGGAGGUCAAAAGAAGCUUAA